AAUAUAUUUUAUAUUAAUUAGACAGUUCUCCGCCCAGAAGUGUGAUUUACUGUAGUUCAACAUGGACGACAGACAGGACAAUAUGUCCUCCAAACGUACCCACGACGACAUCGAGGCAAGAUCUGAGGCAAUCAAGUCUGAAACAGCUGCCGAUAUUGAAGGUACACAUCAUAUACCUAGUGAUGUAGCGCAAGAACCUGCAGAGGCACUGCCAGGGGAAGAUAAAUCAACGAUUAAGCGUGCGCGGAUUGAAUCGGUUGACAAUACGGAUGUGAGUACAGAAGACAGCUUAAAUGUACAUACACAAGCUAAUGUAAAAACUGAUCCUGUAGAGGUUGGAACAGCGGGAACUCCGGUCGAAGACACUCUUGCAAGUGGCAUAAAAACUGAAGCGACUACCACAGGCAUAGAAGGAAGUACAAGCGAAAGUGAACAGGCUGGUGUGAAAGUUGAAGAAGCUACCAGUGUAAGCGGUGUUAAGGUCGAGGAUGGUUCAUUAAGUGGAGUUAAAGUCGAAGGCACUUUGCCAGAUGUUGCGGACACUGAAGAGGACCUAGCACAGAGUGGUAUCAAAGAAGAUGCCGCAGCAGAGGGAUUUGAGAUAGAAAUUGCCGAGGAAGCUGGUACGGUGAAGACCGAGGAUGUACCAGAAGAAACAUCCGGUGUGAAGUCAGAAUAUACUGGGGACACUGUAAAUACAGAUGAAAGCGUAAAGUCAGAGGAUGUUGCACCAAGCAAUGUUGAAGAUGAAAUAGUGCCGCACAGUGUGAAGAGCGAGAAUACGGGAGAGGGUGACCACAUGGACACCGAAGAAGCCGUGAAAACCGAGGAAACACCUGCUUCUGCUUUUGCAUCUGCUUCUGCAUCUGCUUCUGCUGAGUAUAUGGCUUCUGAUGAAUCAGGCAGCGCUUCCACUGCCCAGGCAGACAGUACGGACAAUGAACCUCCGGAGGCAACUAUUGAGCGGCUGAGACAGCACGCCGCCGCGUACAGGUCGGCGAUGGUGUGCUCCAUCUGCAGCGAGAUACUUGUGAAGCCGCACUCCCUGGAAUGCGGUCACUCCUACUGUGUCACCUGCAUCUGCACCUACUUUAGUGUGCGAAAAGCAAUGGGCCGCGGCUUGCAGUGCAAGCAGUGCAAUAAUCCUAUACGCAAGAAACCAGAACCCAGCCUGGUGUUACAGACUCGGAUCAACAUAUUACGGAAACAGCCGUGCGCGGAUAUCAUUCUGAAGAAUUACUCGGCACGAUUGAAAACAGCUCAACAAGCUAUGAAGAGUGAUGAAUACAAGAGUAUCACGCCAGGGACAGAGCUUGUCGAUCACGAAGGAAAGGGCUACGUCUUCGAUAAGGGCGAUGACGUAUACAGAUGUAUCGAGUGCUUGUUUGAGAUCGAAGAUUACAAAUGUGCAGGGUGCGGCGUUGCAUUUCCAGAAUUGGAAAAUAGGUCUGAUGUCCAUCGGGAGUUAGGUGUCAGUGACUCCCAAGAAGACGGAGAGGACUCCGAGGACGACGAAGGUGAUGACGGCGCGGAUUUGAAGAAUUUUAUAGUCGGAAGUGAUGAGGAGAUAGAAAUGGAGAAACCUGAGGAGGGUGAGCAGCCUCUCAAAGGGUGGAUCACAAAUCAGAGUGGUCUAAAGGAACUGAUGUGCGGCUGUGAUGUUUCGUGUGGCCAGGACUGCGAGUGUGACGAUGAGGAUUGUACGGCUUGUCCAUGUGCUCAGCGAAAUUUGAAUGACGGCAGCGGCGAAGAUUCGGACUCUGACUACGCACAAGAUGAUACACAUUGGGAUGGUGGCUCAGACGAUGGAAGUGUACGUAGUAAAAGUGACCACCGUGGCGCAAAAAAAGACAACAGUGGCGCAAAUAAGGACAACAGUGUCGCAUUUAAGGACAUGUCUAAGACCCAAAGGAAAAAUUUGAAAGAGAUUAGGAAGGCGAACAAGAUACUCGAGGCGAAUGGAGUGGAAAAUAUAGAUAGCCUGAGUAAAAAUCAACGAUUAAAGCUUUUGAAAAAUAUUAGAGCUGACCGUAAGGCUGCUGCUAAAGCAGCGAAGGAUACUGUAGCUCCGAAUACCGGAGCAAUUGCGGAGCCGAUUGAAGGCUUUGUUUUAGACCGUGCGGGUGCAUAUGCCACUGAGAACUCUGCUGCGACAGCUGACGGAGACGCAGUUGUCCGAGGGGAUGGAGAGGGUGACAAUGGAAAUAGAGAGGAGGGUGAGUUGUCUGAUACAUAUCGGAACCGUAUGAAUGAGCACUCAGAAGAGUCUCGCAAGAUUCAUGAUGUAAAGGCAGCGUGGCCGAGAGGGGAUCUUGUGGAGCAUGCUGACGGGGGUGAGAACAUCGAAGACGGAGGGUCUGAUGAAUUCGAAAGUGGGGCGGAUGAGAUGGAGCGGGAUGAGGAUGAUGAUGAUGAUGAUUAUGAGGGGGAGGAUGAGGAUGAGGAUAUGGAAGGAGUAGAGGAUCCCCAAGAGGGCGAGGUCGAGGAAGGAGAAGUGGAUGCGGAAGAUGGAGAGGAUGCGGAAGAGGAAGACGGCGAGGAUCUGGGCGAAAGUGAUGGGGAGGACGAAUGAGCGGGGAGUGUGUACCAGUUGUGCAGUUUAAAAGCCCAACUCCGAAUUGUAGCAGUAGUCGUACUCUAUUUCAGAGAUAUCUCCGCGAAUAGACAUUUUCCGUGGAUAACUCUGUCAAUCAAGUACGCGUCCGAGAUCCGGGAAAACGAUGCUUAAGGUCCACGAGGAAGCACUACGAGUUACGCGGCGAUAUGAUUGCUUGGUCAGAUGGGAUCUGGGUUCUCUUUCAGAUAGGAACUCGUUAUUACAGAAGCAAUACCAGGUGGAAAAAACUUCAAAUUCAUGAACGUAUGUCAGGGGUGGCCGUAAACCAGCACAUGAGAUGAACGACACCACGACGAGACAGGAAAGGCAGAUUGGAAGCAUCAUAAAGCGACAAUUCUGACAGUGGCUGUCCGAUACUUAUUGCUUGGUUCUCCAUUAGAUAAAAUUAUUUUAAGAUCUGCACUUACUACUUUUGGAGGAAGCGGCGAUGGAAAAUGAACCAUCCUUCGAGGAGGAGCGCAUAUAUUUGCGAUCGAUGGUAGGAGAUUCAGCCUGCCAGAGUGAAAUUGGAUGCUCGAAUCGUAGCCAAUUCGAUACUGUGUCUCCUGUAGCAGGCUAUGCAGGUCGUAGUACUAUAAGGUGUGCCGUUAACUUGCUAGUUUAUUCUGCGGCGGAAAGUAUUUGCAAUCAGAAAAAUCUUGAAUCACGAUAUAUAGUUUUUCAAUUCCAAAUGAGCCGUAUCUUGAAGCCCGAAGUGUGAUCAAAUUGAUAUGCUAGCUUCCAUCGCACAUAUGACCCACACGGAAUGGCGACGGUGUACGAAUAUGCAGGAUCUCUGCAAAGCCGAGCAGUGUCUGUAUUGUUUAUAAAGGAGUAUCCUCUGUCAAUAGAGCUGCGAGUAAAUCAUAUGGCUGCACGCCCCCCGAAGCUCGACAAGAGAUGUAACUGGUGCACAAUUCAUUUAUUUCAUAUUAUUCCGAUCCGGUCAUCCGCUGCUUCAAGCGAUGGAUUUGCUGUAACCAACGAGUGAUAUUACUGAGGCGCUUUGAAUGAUGUGAGGAUGGUUGAAUCGGAAUAAACCUUGUUUUCUUCGACCCGCAUUAGAUACGGUGAACCUAGCAGCUUUGAUAUUCAACUUGCUUUGAAA